GAUAUUUUAAAUUCACUUGCCGCGUUCUGUUAAUUUACAUAGUUCUGUUAAGACAUUUGGUGAGAGCUGCCAACCUGCUUCAAGUGAAUGACGCGAAGAAGUUUUGUGAAUGCCAUUUUAAUUCCUCGAAAAUGCCUCGUGUCGCUAAGCCUAAACCAGCAGCGGCUAAAAAGGCCAAAGGCAAAUUGUAUGCCAUGCCGGAGAAAUUGAAGGAGGGUACAAUACUCAGUGACUUGACCAAGACACAGUGGCGCAUUGGGCCUUCGAUUGGAGUUGGCGGCUUUGGUGAAAUCUAUGCAGCUAGUCGCAACGGGGAAAAUAGCUACAAUGCUGUGGUGAAAUGUGAGCCACAUGCAAAUGGGCCGCUUUUUGUAGAAAUGCACUUCUAUUUGCGAAAUGCAAAACUAGAAGAUAUUGAAAAAUUCAAACAGAAACGUGGCCUUAAAUCUCUGGGCAUGCCCUAUAUAAUAGCCAAUGGCUCUGUGGAUAUAAAUAGCCAGAAACAUCGAUUUAUAGUUAUGCCUCGCUACGGCAGUGACAUAUCGAAGUUUUACGCCCAGAACGGCAAACGCUUGCCAGAGGUGACCGUCUAUCGACUGGCCAUUCAAAUGCUGGAUGUGUAUGAAUUUAUACACAGUACUGGCUAUGUCCAUGCGGAUCUUAAGGCGGCUAACAUUUUGCUUGGCAUGGGCAAGAGCGGUGGCAGUCAGGCCUAUUUGGUGGAUUUUGGUUUGGCCUCACACUAUACAACGGGCGAUUUCAAACCGGAUCCGAAGAAAAUGCAUAACGGCACGAUUGAGUACACAUCGCGGGACGCACAUUUGGGUGUAGCUACGCGUCGCGCUGAUCUCGAAAUACUCGGGUAUAAUAUUAUUGAAUGGUUGGGCGUGGAGCUACCUUGGAUCAAGGACAAACUGUUGACAGUGCCGUCAAAAGUUCAAAAGGCCAAGGAGAUAUUUAUGGCGGAUCUAAGCUCUGCUUUAAAGUCUCUCUUUGCCAAAGGUGUGCCUGUGCCCAUCAUUGAUUACAUGAAUUACGUGGCUCAGUUGAACCACAAUGAAGCACCUGACUAUGAGAAAUGCCGCAAGAUGUUUCUUAAUGCUCUAAAGCAAAUGAAAGCGGACAACACAGGCGACUUGAAUUUUAAACUUACAGCCCAGAACAAUAGCAACAACAAGAGUCCGCCAGUUAAAAAUACGGCAGGCGCAGAUUCAACUGCAGCUGCCUCUCGGAAAAAAAUUAAAAAAGAAGAACCCACAGUCAUGAAUGAUUCUUCAGAUUCGGAGGACGUAAUCAAUGACAGCGAGGAGGAAGUGGAUACAAAAUAUACUCCACGCAGAAAACUGCAAGCAAAACCAUCUCCAAGUCCUAGAUUCAAAGCUACAAACGUCAAACUUCCACGCAAAGCUGUGCCCAAACAAGCCUCAGUUUCGCCCAAGAAGCCGGAACAAAAAAAAUCGUCUCCACGCAGAAGUCCGCUCAAACGUAAAAAAAUUGAAAACAAUGUUACCCCCAAGGCACAGGACGCUAGUGCUAAGAUCAACUUUAGUCCAGCUAUUUCGCUACGUGGCGGCAGGUCUGGCAAGACUGUGAUUAAUGAUGACUUGACUCCGCAACCGCGCUCUAAUAAGACAUACGAGUUCAACUUCGAACUGGAUGUCAGCAUGGAUGCCAACGUCAUUGUGAAUGUAAAGCGAAAAAAGAAGGUUCAGAGUAGCAAUGGAACACCUACUAGCAGCACCAAGACCUCAUCCUCGAUUCGCGAUCUCACAUCCAAAGACAGCUCACCAGCAACGCGCAUGAAGUUGCGCAAACUCAAUGUUGAUGGUGGCGCUAGUUCGCCAACUUCAAAUCUUGCCCGUAGUCCACGCACUCCGGCAGUUACCGUACGCAAGUAUAGGCGCUAAUCCAAUUUAUAUUUUCCUAUAUAGAUAUAAUUUUGUCAUUUAAUAAAAGAUGCUGGGUAAAUGUUUUGAUACUUCAAU